UUAGUUUAAUUAGAAUUGUCUAUAAGUUUAUAUAGACUAGAUCUACCAUUCAUUGAAAAAAUUUGUCUAGCCUAUGUAUAUGUACGUACGUAGAUCUGGUAUCUAUAAUUUUUCUAUCAGCAGCUCUAUACAUGGGGAUCUCUGUGGAGUUGUGGAGAGCUCGCAUUGGGCUAUUCAGUGGUGGGAAGGGAUCGCGACCACACAGUAAAGCUCCCUCGACAAAACAGCAGCCUCUACACUUCAGUGAUACAGUGGGUACUACUGCGAAAGUGGUUCAAGGAGGAUUGCUUUUAUUAUAUAUUCUCACAUUUCUGAGCUCUCAAGAUAAAAAUAAAUUCCUAAAAAAUACAAGGAAUGUUGGUCUCCUGGUGAUAUCGAUUGUUGUGUUGCUCCACUCUCUUGCCCACCUCUUGGCGUUAGCUGGAGACAUUGAGAGCAAUCCUGGGCCUCAAAUGGAUGAAGUUCUGACUCUUGGCCAUCUAAAGGACGCUUGCAGCAAGCUGUUCAAGGCUCGUACAAAAUGGUUCAAUAUUGGGCUAACUCUCAAAGUCGAUCACGACACUCUUACUGCUAUUCAGAAGCAGUCAAGUGACCAUGGUGACUGUCUCCGAGAAAUGUUGGCUCAUUGUAUCAAGGCAACAGAUAAUUCACUGACUUGGGGAGAUCUGUGUAGGAGUCUUAGACAUGUCACAAUAGGACGCAGCGACGUGGCCGAUGAAAUUGAGGGAUUUGUCGUGUCAGAUGAGACACUGACACUUAACGAUUUAAACCAAGCUCACACUAAACUGUACGACUCUCGGAAUAGAUGGUUUGAGAUUGGACAAGCUCUACAUGUUGAUGAUGUCACACUAGAUAGCAUCAGAAAGCAGUGUGCUAAUGAUGACAGCACCUGUCUUCGUGAAAUGCUUGCUCACCGUUUGAAAUCAGGGCCUCCUCUAACCUGGAAGGAGUUACUUAAUACGGAAUCCAGUGUUUCAAGACGUUAUACCCAAGAAACACCCUCCUCUGCCAAGUGGGAGCUAGACUCACUAGAAAUGGAUAAAGCUUUCUCAAAGUUGGUGCUCCAACUUCAGCAGUCUUUGGAAACUCGAAUUGUUUUGAAGAAAUUCUGAAGUUGACGUCUUGUU